UAGAGGGGUGGGGACCCUGGAGAGGUGGCGGUGCGGAGUCUAGGCGACGGGGCGUGACGGGGCCGGAAGGUGGCGGGAGGGGGCCGGGCCGGAGCCGGCGGGAGGGCCAGGUCCCGAGGCCCCGACCCUGGCGUGCCCGCCCCCUCCGCGGCAGAGGAGGAAGAGGAGGAUGAUCUCCAGAUACACCCGGAAGGCGGUGCCACAGAGCUUGGAGUUGAAAGGAAUAACAAAACAUGCUAUUAAUCAUCAUCCCCUUCCAGAGCAGCUGGAUGAAAUUUCUUCUACCAAUGACAGCCAUGAAAAAGAUACAAGUUCCCAAAGUGAGUCUGACAUCACACAAGAAUCACCUUUUACAUCAGCUGACACUGGGAAUUCAAGAUCUGCUUUUCCAAGUUAUACAGGCACAGGGAUCUCCACUGAAGGCAGCUCGGACUUCUCCUGGGGAUAUGGUGAGCUUGAUCAAAAUGCCACUGAAAAGGUCCAGGCAAUGUUCACAGCCAUUGACGAGCUCUUGUAUGAGCAGAAGUUGAGUGUGCAUACUAAGAGUCUACAGGAAGAGUGCCAACAAUGGACAUGCAGCUUUCCUCACCUCAGGAUCCUGGGUAGGCAGAUAAUCACUCCAAGCGAAGGAUAUGGACUGUAUCCUAGAUCCCCUUCUGUUGUUUCAGUUUCACAUGAGACAACACUUUCUCAAGAAAGAGAUUCUACUAUAUUUGGUAUUAGGGGAAAGAAGUUACAUUUUUCAUCUUCUUAUGCUCACAAAGCAUCUCCCAUUGCCAAAUCCCCUAGUGUGUAUUCUAUGGAAAGAGAGGAGGAAGACUGUAUAAUCUUCUCUGAAGGAAUAAUAGAGGAAUACCUAGCAUUCGACCACACUGAUAUGGAAGAGGGGUUUCAAGGAAAGAAAUUACAAGCAUCUCCAGAGAAACAGAAAUUAGGGUACCCUCCCAUUGCUCCAUUUUACUGCAUGAAAGAGGACGUCCUUGCUUAUGUGUUUGACGACGUGUGGAGCAAAGUUCUGAGCUGUAUGGAGCAGCUGACACGUAGUCAUUGGGAGGGAUUUGCUUCUGAUGAUGAGAGUAAUGUUGCAAACACCAGACCAGUUUCAGAAAGCCCCUGUGUGCUGAGUGAACCACAACCCUUGGUUUUACCUCGAGUGCCACAGUCGAAGGUGCUGUCCAUCACCUCAAAUACAAUGAAUCUCUGUCAAGCAGCAAGUGGUCAUCAGCCAAAUGUGAAUGGUCUCUUGGUCCAUGGGAUGCCUCUACAACCAAGAAAUCUCUCCCUAAUGGACAAGCUACUAGAUCUUGAUGACAAGCUACUUAUGAGACCUGGAUCCAGUACCAUCCUUUCAACCCGAAAUUGGCCAAAUCGAGCCCUGGAGCUUAGCACAUCAGCUCUGUCAUACACAGUGCAGUCCGCCAGGAGACGCAAUCCCCCACCACGUACGCUUCAUCCCAUCAGCACAAGCCAUUCAUGCGCUGGAACGCCAAGGCCUGUGGAAGAAAUCCUCAGAGGAUCCCGAGUUCCAGGAGCGGCGGACUCACUCUCCUCUCCCUCACCAAUGCCCCUGAGUCGAAACAAUCUCCUGCCACCUAUUGGCACAGCUGAAGUGGAACACUUAAGCACUGUGGGGUCACAAAGGCAAACGAAAACCCAUGGUGACUCCAAUCGAGCUCGAAGUGCAGUGGUGGAUGAGCCUAACCAUCAGCAGCCCCAGGAGAGGCUCCUUUUACCUGACUUUUUCCCCAGGCCCAACACUACUCAGUCAUUUUUGCCAGAUACACAAUAUCAUUCGUGUGUUGCUGAGUAUCCUCAUCAGGCCCGACCUGGUAGGGGAUCUGCAGUGACAGGUCCUCAGUUACAUGGGUCUACAAAAUCUCAAAACAGAGGUGGACCAGUCUCUAGAACCAAGCAGGGACCAUAG